AAACGUUUGUCUGCGCUCUUACGCCAGAUGCGAUAGUCGAAAUGUACCAUCAACCGGAGUUCCGCUUACUGGUGUAUCGGCUCUGUCAGAAAGCCCGCGAGCCCGCCAGGUCACUCGCCGCCACGAUCCUAGAAUAUGCCGGUACGGACGAGCGCCCGCAAGACGCAAUCAAAGACCCUCUGGAGCGAUCGACAAUGCUCGAACAUACGAAUAAGCCCCGAAAGCGUAAAAAGCGCAGUCCCAGAGCGGAUGGUCCCUUCAAGCCACCGAGUUCCGUCAACGCGAGCAGGAGAGCAGAAAACUGUUCGGACACCCAAGAUCCGCAAGGCAGCGUACGCCGGAACACACGCUUAGCGAGGCAGGAAGACGCGAGGGAUGAUGUGCGCAGUCUGCCGUCGGAUCCGGCAAGAGGUCUGGAAGACAGGAACUCCGAGCCGCAGAGCGCCAAGCUAAGCGGCAGUGUCGCCCAGGAAGAUGCAUCUUGCGUCACGGCUGCGCGUGAUGCGAACGAAGAGAUGACGACGGGAAGUAAAACGACAGCACCCGUACCGUUGACGAAGGGGAACGAAUCGCCGGAAUCGAGUGAUCCGGCCUCAUCAAGCGGAUCACAUCGACCGACCACACCACCAAAGCAGGUGCCGUCAACACCUCUUCGGCAAGCGGAUGCCGGCACGUCACCUCCGACGGAGGAGAUCCGGAGAGGGAAGAUACCAGCAUCUCUCAGGAGCAUUUCCGCCUCACCCACUCAGUCAGAUGGCGGACGAGACGUAGAAAACAUGACACUUGAGGAUAUGGUGGUCAAGGCAAUCGAGGCGCUCUAUGAGUUGAGCCAAUACCCGGACGGCGUUUCGAGGCAGAUUCAUUCCCAGAUCCUACAGGAUCUUUCUCGCACGGAGACGGCGAGCACACCCGCAUCAGGGGUAUCUGAUGGCACUAUGUGGAUGCAGGUCCUCGAGGCCGGAUCAGCGGCGAACCGCAAGGUGACAAUUCUGAAUAUGAUCGAGUAUAUGGGGGCGUCGAAGUGGUUUGACAGCCAGGUAGAAAAUUUUCAAGGCGCAUUGCUCACGAGAAAGAACAAGCCGGUGGGUAAAAGGGGUGCGGCGAUCCACGUGCUAGAUUGCAUGCAAGGUCUGGCCGACCCUGGACAAGCCGUGAUCCAGGGAAGAGACUGGCUCCAGCGCGAGAACGACCUGGGCACUUCCACGGCGGGUUCUACGACUGGUCGUGGUGACAAAAGGAUCCGAUUGGAGAGACAGCGAAUCAAUACGCGGCUUAAUAGAGGGAGCAAACUAAGGAACAAAUUGGUCAAAGAACUUGGACCCGGCAUCCUAUUCAGCCCCGAUAUCUGGGACUAUGCUAAAAUGGACUCUGAAGAGCUCGGUAUCCUGAUGAAGGGUUUCCAAGCGGAUUCGCGACGGAUGCGGUUGCUCCAGAUCCUAGAUAAACAGCUCGAACUCUUUAUCGCCACCGGAAAACCCGAUCUGCGCCUCUUCUUCACGUCGUUAAAAGAGGAGACGUUGCUACCGGAGGAAGAACACAGCGAACUGAUGCAUAAGUUCCAUCUUGACGCGGAGCCAGUCCCCUCGUCUUCCCUGAAUGUCGCAGUGGACCGACUGAUUGACGCAGUCGGCAGCAGUGUGCUUGGUAAGCGGAAAGCCGAGGAUGACGACGUGAUCGUCUUAGACGGCAAAACGGAGUUGUCCUGUGACAUCUUCAGCAAGCUACGCCCAGGGGAAUGGUUCGACGCCUGGCUCAUCCUUGCAUGCAUGACGAUCUCGAAGAAGCCGCACUUCGUGAGGUGCGGCUACAGUGUCCCACUAGAUCAGCUCGGACCAAGCGGUAAGAUCAGCCGCAUCCGGAGACCUCUCGCCGGCUGGAGAAAGAAGGUCGACAACUUCCGCCGGGAAGUACAGCCCCAAUCUCAUGGCGAGGAGUAUCAUCUCAUCCACCUCUGCUCUCUCAAGCACGAAAACCGACACUUCUCAUUGCUCGAGAUUAACGAACAGGAUCGAACGAUCUACCAUUACGACUCCAUGGCAAGCCAAGAAAUCAUUGACGCGACAGUGACGGCUGAUGACGCGGUCGAACCGACUCGUGUCGACAAGCUAGUGCUGGAAUUCGGCUACUUGAAGUUCAAGUAUAUCGAGGCGCCCACACCGCAGCAGCACGAUGCCUCAAGUUGCGGCCCAAUGGUCGUAAGGAAUGCGGCGCUUCGGAUGAGCGGUCUUACCGUCGGCAACUGGUGGGAUAGACUGGAUCCGGACCGUUUAAGAAUGGAGAUUAAAACAAGCGAUCGCCAGUGCGGAAGUGUGAUUUUGCCGAGAGAUUAUUAG